AUGAGUGGUCUAUCGACUAAAGACAAUGAGGACAACGAGGAGAUUUGGAAAUUUCGAUGUGCGAAUUGUAUUCGAUGCAAUGAAAAGAUCGAUUGUGCCUCGUGUUGGCCGUGUAGAACGGGCAAAACUUGUGAGAAGAAGCGGUGCUUCUCGGCGAGAAAGAUGUAUGAUGAAGCAGUGAAAAAGAAGGCAGACGAGAAUCUCAAGGCAAUAAUGGCCAAAACCGCCGUCCGUGAAGCGCAGGCGGCCUCCACAUCAGCAGCGUCAGGAGGACCAUCUGAGGCCCCGGAGCCAGUUGAAAAGAAGAAAAGAGGACGGAAAAAGAAGGAAGUUGUGAUGGCAGAAAGACUUCUCAGUGAGAGAGACUACGUCUCUAAUCGACCGACACGACAGCAAUCGGCCGAUUUGAGAAGGAAACGCACUCAGAUUACUUCUGCCUCGAACAAAGAGCCACGUCAAUGUCUCAACCCGGAUUGUAUCUACGAAGCACGCACCGACAGUAAAUACUGUUCGGAUGAAUGUGGAAAGAUUCUGGCGAAGAUGAGACUAACUGAGAUUCUACCACAACGAUGCAAAGAAUACUUCUCACCGGGACCCGCGGCAACACGUACCUUCGAUACGGAGAUCAAACAGAGACGAGAGGCGGUGAAGAAGGAAGUGGAAGAGUUGACGAAAGCAGAGAAGAAUAUGAUUGGAUUCCUUGAGAAAUUGUACUUUUUCGUCGAGAAUCAGAUCAAAUUACAGCCGUUGGGUACCGUGGAGAAGUAUGAUGAUAAUUUGUGCGAAGCAUGCGUCGUCUGCGGUGCUCCUGAUAUUGCUCUCCGCAAAUACACGAAACACAUCGAACUGUGUUGGGCUCGAAACGAGAAGGCGAUGUCGUUCGGUGCCCCAGAGAAGAAUAACGACAAUUUCUAUUGUGAGAACUUCGACGCGAGGACAGGAACCUACUGUAAACGACUCAAAUCUUUGUGUCCAGAGCAUCGAAAACCUGGAAUUGAGCAGACUUUAUUGGUUUGUGGAUAUCCGAAGAAAUGGGAGAGCGGCAGUGGAGGAGACUAUGCGAAUACACUUUCAGAAUUGAUUGAGUGUGAUGAUCCGUUUGGCGAUGAGGGAUGCCGAACGAAGAAGGAGGCGUGUCACAAACAUCACAAAUGGAUUCCGUCGCUUCGUGGAUCGAUUGAACUCGAACAGGCGUGCUUAUUCCAGAAAAUGUUCGAAUUGUGUCAUGAGACGCAUCGAUUGAAUACGCAGGCCGAGUGGACGACCAAUGCAUUGAAUAUUAUGAUGCAUAAAGAGCCGAAAAUCGUCGAUCACGAUCAAUUCAUUCAAUUCGUCAAAGCUCAACAAGCACUCUCAAUUUCUUCUAAUUCCGAUGGUCCAUCGACUUCUGCUGCCUCUGACCCCGCCCCCUCAGCAGCUCCACCUCCAGAAAUCAACGAAGAAAUAGAAGAACAAUUUACUGUGGCUCUUUUACGCAAAAUGCAAGAAGAAAGAGAAGCGGCGGAAGCGGCGAAACGGGCGGCUGAAGGAGAGACUGGAAGUGGAGACGAUGAGGAAAUGAAUGAUGAUGAGGAGGAGGGGGCGGAGCCACAAGGAGAAGGCAAUAGAGAUAACGAAAUGGAUACCACUUCUACCACUAAUCAACGUCUUCCUCAACUCAACAUCACUUCUUCUAACCCAGUGACCACUGAAUCCAUUCUAUCCCCAAAUUCACAAUCAAAUUUUAGUGUCGCCCGUCUUUUGGAAUAA